AACGAGGAGAAUACGCGUCGGAAGAGGUUGUUAGCUACGUGGGAGUUAAGCGAAGGGUGGUGGCCGCUGAGGAAUGCAAAAACUAAAAAGACCCUCCACAUUGCAAGGAGACUAGAGAAAAGUGAAAAGUCUAAAGAUGAAGGCAUUUCAGACCAUCUGCAGGCAGCUUAAAAGUUCAAAGGGAUUUUCUGUAGAACUAUCCCCACAUAUGGGUUUCUCCACUUCCUCUUAUUCAUGUGGCCGGAAGAAAAAAGUGAACCCUUAUGAAGAGGUGAACCAAGAAAAGUACUCUGAUUUAGUACAGUCUGUCUUGUCAUUCAGAGGCCCUGCUCAGACUCCAGAAUCAUUGUUCGAGGAAGAUUCUUUACUCUAUGGACCUGUGAGUAAGUGUAAGCCCCCAAAGCAAGAUGAGGAAGCAAGAGUUCCAGGAAACUGGUUUCCUCUCUUCAAUCCACAGAGAAGCUUAAAGCCAAAUGCAACAGGUGGUGCGACAAUUCCUUUGAAAAUCCCUUUGCAAAGGAAUAAGAUACCAAGUGUGACCCGGGUCCUUCAGCAGACCAUGACAUCAGAACAGAUUUUCUAUUUGGAGAGGUGGAAACAGCGGAUGAUUCUGGAACUGGGAGAGGAUGGCUUUGCAGAAUAUACUUCAAACUUAUUUUUACAAGGGAAACAGUUCCAUGAAGCCUUGGAAAGCAUACUUUCACCCCAGGGGAACUUAAAACAGGGAUAUGAAAACCGUGAGUCUGGCUACAUCGAAAGCAUCCAGCAUAUUCUGAAAGAUGUCAGUGGAGUUCAAGCUCUUGAAAGUGCUGUUCAACAUGAGACCUUAAAGUAUGUAGGUCUGCUGGACUGUGUGGCUGAGUAUCAAGGCAACCUGUGUGUGAUUGAUUGGAAAACAUCGGAAAAGCCAAAACCUCUUAUCCGAAAUACAUUUGACAAUCCGCUGCAGGUUGUGGCGUACAUGGGUGCCAUAAACCAUGAUGCCAACUAUAGCUUUCAGGUUCAGUGUGGUUUAAUUGUGGUGGCCUACAAAGAUGGAUCCCCUGCCCACCCACAUUUCAUGGACACAGAGCUGUGUUCCCAAUACUGGGCAAAGUGGCUUCUUCGACUAGAAGAAUAUACAAAAAAGGAAAAGAACCAGAAUAUUCAAAAACCAGAUUAGGGGCAGGAUGCUAUUUGGAAACAUUCAGCACUUUCUCACAGUUUGGGAAAAUAUAUUGCUGUUUA